UACCGCGACAUUUUCGCGCGGAAAGCCGGGCGUAAUCGAGCCGUGGAAAGCUGAAAAGAAGCAUGUAAAUGCAGUUAAUUACUCCAAGUGCAGUAUUUUGCUUCGUUUUUCAUCCGUUUAAUAUCAUAGCUGUGAAAUACAGUGUUAAAAAUAGUGCAAUUGUGAUAUAAAUUGAGAACUGAUUUCUCAUUAACAAGGAAUUUUUGAUCCAUAGAAUUUGCAUCAAUUUGUGAAUGACCAGGCCGCAUAGAUCCCGUGCCAGCUGAUUUGUCGCCUCUACGAUGGCUCAAACGGGUAGCUCCAGUGAAGGACAUAUAAAUAGGCCAUGCUUCAAGAGGAAGAGAAAUUCAUCAGAUGAUGAGGAGGUGGAGAAUAUGCCACCCCUCAAGAGAUCUCCCAAAAUAGAGGAGCAUACUGACUUGCCAGCGCACAAUGUAGUUGUUGAAUCUUCAUCUUGCUCUAGUGAUGAUGAGGGGUCUCACUAUGAAAACAAUGAGCAACCCAGGAGUGUGUUUACAGAUGUAGAAUAUAACCCAGAUACCUUUUUAAGCCCACCGAGUAUACCUGAGCUUCCUAAUUAUGUUUUGAGCCCCUUAGAAAAUGUAGCUAGAGGUGACUCUACACCACACUCCAACAAAAGGCCUAGUACAAGUAAAUACCAGUACCCCACUCCACCAAAAAGAAAAUGUCCUUUACCAGGACUGUACUGGGCAGACCAGAAUGAUCUGUGGAAAAGUAUGUGUGAAGGAGACGCCAGAUCCAGCAUGAGGAGAAAUCCUAACAUGUUUGACAAUCAUCCUAACUUACAACUGAGGAUGCGAGCUAUAUUACUUGACUGGCUGAAUGAGGUGUGCGAGGUAUACAAGCUUCACCGGGAGACGUUCCACUUGACGGUGGACUACAUCGACCGGUAUCUCUCACACACCGACGACCUGCCAAAGAGCCGGCUGCAGCUUAUAGGUAUAACAUGUUUAUUCAUCGCGGCAAAAGUGGAAGAGGUGUACCCACCCAAAGUGAGCGAGUUUGCGUACGUGACGGACGGCGCCUGCACGACGGAGGAGAUCCUGCUGGAGGAGCUGCUGAUUCUGAAGGUGUUGUCGUGGAGCAUCACACCGCUGACCAUCAACGCAUGGCUGAACGUGUACAUGCAAGUGGCGAGCGAGGCGCGAGGUGCCAAACGGCGGCUCAUCGGCGAGAGUGACGUGGCCGCGAACGCUCUGCGCGGCUACACCUUCGUCUUCCCGCAGUACUCCUCGCUCGAGUUCGUCGUGUGCGGACAGCUGGUCGACCUCGCAGUGCUGCAUGUUGAUGUUAACCGCUUCGCAUACAGCACAGUGGCCGCCGCGGCGAUGGCACACGCUUUCAACAAGGAACUCGCUAUGAGGGUGUCGGGCUACAGCUGGGAGUCGGUGUCGGCGUGCUACGAGUGGCUGAGCGCGUUCGUGGGUGUGGUGCGCGCGGCGGGCGGGGCGAGCGUGGUGCGCGGCGGCGACGGCGAGUUCGUGCAGCGCGCCGCCGGCCUGCAGCUGCUCUGCCCCGCCCUCAACCGCGACGAGAGCCACCGCAUACAGCACCACAACGUCACCCUCGAUAUGUUUGACAAAGUGUACCAACUGUUAACUGAGAAUGAACCGGAAGCAUCAGAACAGACGAGCAGUAGAGAGGAGAGUGCAGCACAGAGCACGGAGCAGGUGUACCCGCCCACUCCGCCGCUGUCCAAUCAGAAGACGCCGAGCACGCCCAGCGCCGCCACGCCCUCCACUAGGCACGUGUCUGACUUGCUGCACGCUGAAGUCUGAACUGCACACCUUGUAUUUAUAUCUUGUUAUUGUAAAUAUUUUAUAACUCAUUUCAAAUGAACGCCUAAAUUUUUUAAACAUGCAAAAGUCAUUUUGGGACUUUCCGAUGUAUUGUUUACAAAAUUUAGAGUUUCAUUUGUAACAAGGGAAAGUCUGUCGAUUGACAGCGCGGUACCUCAGUUGCGACGUCAAGAUCUGACAAAAGUAUAGGACGAAAACAUAUGUUUUGUUGUGAGAUAUUUAAAUGUUGAAAUGGUUUUAGGUUAGGACAAAAUUGAAAAUGUUUGUAC